UAUAAAUAAAUAUUAAUUCAUUAACAGCUGGUUAUUAUAUAUUUUGAAAACUAAUGAACAAAAAAAAAAUUACAAUAUAAACGCUUCGUGCAUGGAAUACCUACAAUGAUUUGUUUGUUUAUUCAGUAAAAGAAUAAUGAUGGAAAAGAACAUUAAAUUUUUUAUCAUCACCGGCGAUCCGGGAGUGGGCAAAACUACAUUAAUAAAAAAACUGUGUACUUUAUUGACUUCAAAGGGUGUUAAAAGUAUAGGAUUCUUGACUGAAGAGGUUAGACGAAACCGAUGUAGGGAAGGCUUCGAUGUUGUUACUUUAAAUGGCACACGAGGGCGUCUAGCUAGAGAUCAGAAUCUGCUUCAGUAUCCUGCAAAAUAUACUGUGGGGAAGUAUGGUGUCCUCAUACAAGAAUUUGAGAAUGUAGCAUUACCCUCUAUAAAUAAAACCAAUGAGUUUCAAUCAGUUGUAGUGAUUGAUGAAAUAGGAAAAAUGGAGUUCUUCAGUUCAAAAUUUAAAUCUAGAAUUAUGGAAAUUUUUACUCCUGAUUCAAAAAAUCUUGUAUUGGCCACAAUUCCAGCAAGGAAGAGUGAUCCUCUUAUAGAAUCUAUAAGGAAUAAUAGUAUGACAAAAGUAUGGACUGUGACCAGACAAAACCGGAACAAUAUUCAGGAAGAAAUAUUGAAUGAAAUUUGUUUAUCAUUGUAAAUAUAAAUAAAACAAAAAGAUCUAUGUUGAUUCUGGA